CGUAAACUACAAAAUAAACGAAGCAUGUGCUUUUCGUAUCAGCUGUCGGAUUAAAAAUAUUUACAAAAUUUUACAAUAAAUUAAUUGAAGAUAAGAGCCAAGUUGGAAAUUUAAAAAAUGGCUAGCAAUCAAGUUAAGGUAUAUUUAGGUUAUGAAGAUGAGUAUGUUACGGAAAAAAAUAAAUAUCAAGUUAAUUAUACAACAAGUAAAAUUGGUGGAAAACCGGAUUGGCCAUUUUUUGAAAAAGAACCAAAAAAUCCUAUCUGCUCGUUGUGUGGUCUUGAUCAAUUGUUGAUUGUACAAAUUUAUGCGCCAUUAGACAAUUCAAGAUAUCAUAGAACUUUGUAUAUUUUUGCUUGCAUUAAUCCAAAUUGUUGGAAUCAAAAUGAGAGUUGGACUUGCUUGCGUAGUCAAUGCUUGGAACCAAGUGCAAUCAACACAACGAAUGUAACAACUCCUACGAGUUCAAAAGGUAUAACUGCAACUGAAUGGAUAAAAGAUGCAAAUGAUUGGGGUGACGGUGACGAUAUGGAUGACGAUGACGACUUAGAGAAUUAUAACAAUAUAAGUGAAGAAAAUGGUAAUGUGAUUACAAUUACAACUGGCGGAGCUGGGGGCCAACCAUCUAAAUCUGAUUUAGAUGAUGAAGAUGAAAGUUGUAGCAUGGAAGAUUCUCUACGUUUGGGUUUAGAAGAAUUGUAUGUGGAUAGUAAAAAUGCCAACAACGGCAAGCUAUUGGCUGAAGCGCAAGGAGGCGCUGUAGGUCGAUUACAAUCACCCACAGCAUCAGCUGAACUUGAGGGGGAAGAGAAUGAAAUCGUAUGUAUCGAUACACCAACUAUUCCACAACGUAAUAUUAUAGCACUAUUACAAGAAGUAACCCCGUUACCCCCUGGAUUAUUAUGUCAAAUUAAUAAUAAAGAUGUAAUGAAUAAAAUUGAAUUUGUGUCAGCAUUUAUUAGUAUUGAUGAAGAAGAUGUCAAUAAUAUUAAUAAUUACGGUGCCGAACAUAUAAAAGAAUUAUUAAAUGAAUAUCAAUUACACAAUGACGAUGAUUUAGAUAUAAUGACGUCACAACAGCAUGCUGAUAGUGGUGGAGGCAGUCAUCAUGGUGAUGGUGAUUUAAAUGUUGAGAAAUAUGAGCAAAGUGCACCAAUACAUGGUGAUCGCAUGUUUCAUCAUUUUAUUACAAAAAUACAACAAAAUCCUGGACAAAUAUUGAGAUAUAGUCGUGGCAAUUUAGCACCAUUAUUAAUAUCACCAAUAAAUGAUAUUCCAACGCGAUGUAAAUAUUGUAAAUCAAAAAUGAUCUUUGAAAUGCAAAUAUUACCAACAAUUAUACAUAAACUACAUUUAACAUCAACAAUUAGUGGUUUACUCUCAUCUUCAACAGCUACAACCCAUAGUCAAUUCAAUAAUGAUUCAGCAUCACAGCCAGCUGCAUCGUCAUCAGCACAUGUCGAGUUUGGUAAUGUGUUAAUAUUUACAUGUGAUCAGAGCUGUUGGAAUUAUCAACAAUCAAAGAAUUUGGAUGAUGAUACAAACUAUAUUCGUCAAGAAGUUGUUAUCAUUCAAAGUGAACGAUAUUAAAUCAGAUACAAGCAUUUUAUUUUAUUUUAUUUUUCUUAAAAGAUACACAAAUGAUAAAGGUGGUACCGUUGUGGACAAAAUUGAUACACGGUUAUAUAUAUAGUAUUUCGAUAGAGUUUCUAAGAGGAUAAAAAGCAAAUUUUUAUAAUGUUACGAUAGAAAGUCGUUCUUUACAAAAAUCCAUGCUCGUCGAGAAAGUAAGCGGUUGCUAUAUUCCAUACUUCGAUCGGACAACAGGGUGUUCAUUAAUUAACAAAAGUAAUCAAAAAAAUUUAAUCAUUCUUCUAAUCUUUCUUUGUCAAAAAAUAACAUUACUGUAUACAAGUCGUUGAUCAAACUACAGGUUGUUCAGUAAUUUAAAAAAAAAA